AUGGCUUGUCAAAUUAUCUUUCUCCUCAUCCUCAGCGGACUCACAGGACUUGAAAGCAUAUCUACAGUCAGUAAAGUGUCUGUGAAAACUGGAGGUUCAAUCUCCAUCCCAUGUCCGUAUGGUGAACAAGACAGAGACAAUGUGAAGUACUUGUGUAAAGGAUAUUACUGGAAUCAUUGCUCAUAUGCAGUUAAAACAAACUGGCAAAAUACACAGAAGUAUUCAAUCUCCGAUGACAGAAAAGAAAGAAUCUUCACUGUGACGAUCAGAGAUCUAAGAGAAGAUGGUUAUUACUGGUGUGCUGUGGAGAGAAAUGGCCAAAGAGAUAUUGGGGGUUACUUUCAUCUGUCAGUCACCAAAGGUACACCCAGUCUCUACAUGGAUCAUCAGGAGUUUAGAGCCUCCAAAGGAGGAAACAUCACCUUCAUGUGUUACCAUGGCAGCUCAGGUGAAAAUCAGUGGUGCAGGUUGGGUGGGUCCUGCGUAACAAAGUCAUCUGGAUCAAUAGAGGGAACAGAGGUGACCCUCAUUGCAGGAUCUACUAACUUUUUCACUGUGACGAUGAGUGGACUGAAGACAGAGAGCAGUGGCUGGUAUUUGUGUGUCAGAGGAGACCUUCAGAUGCCUGUACAUCUAAAUGUCACUGAGCAGCAUACAACCAACACAGUAACACCAACAGGUUCCAGUGAUCAGCACAGUGCCAGUGAAGAAAAGAUAAUCAUCCCUUUGAGUGUGUUGAUUGUCCUUGUAAUAGUAACUUUGUUCAGCUUGUUGCUGUUCAAAAUAUACAGUAAGUGUGAGCUGAACUUUGACUGA